UGUGACCUUGAACUUUUGUUCUUCCCCUCAAUUCUAUUGCAAUGGCACGUUCUGUUUCUUUGCAACACCAACGACAACUGGGAAUGACCACUCUCUGACGCGCACAAAUAAGACCGCAAUCAUGCGCUUGAGUCCGCUCUUGUUCGUGGCCAGCGCCAUGGCCACGCUUGACCUUGACCUCAGUUCUCGCUCAUCCAUCGCGUCCGCCGCCUCUAGCGUCGCGUACAAUAUGAUGACUUACUACGUCGGCAACCAGACCGGUCAAGUUCCUGGUAUUCUUCCUGGAUCACUCAGUUGCAAUCCCAAUGUCGCUGGCACAUACUGUUGGUGGGAAGCGGGCGCCAUGUGGGGAUCGCUCAUCAAUUACUGGCAAUACACCGACGACAGUACAUACAACUCGAUCGUUUCCGAAUCAAUACAGUUUCAACGUGGACCACAAAACAAUUUCAACCCGCCGAACCAGUCGCGAAGCAUGGGAAUCGACGACCAAGUGUUUUGGGCCUUCUCGGCGCUCGAUGCAGUCGAGUCCAACUUCCCAGAAGCUGGAGGCGACAAUCCCUCAUGGCUAGCGCUCGCACAAGGUGUCUUCAACUUCCAAACAGCAUAUUGGGAUUCAGCAACCUGUGGAGGAGGCUUCCGAUGGCAAGUGUAUUCCUUUAAUUCUGGUUACAACUUGAAGACAAUGGGUGCGAACGGCGGCAAUUUCCAGCUUUCUGCUCGACUGGCUUACGUGACUGGCAAUUCCACCUAUGGAAACUGGGCGAACCAGGUCUGGGAUUGGAUGUAUAGCAGUCAGCUGAUGACCUUGUCAGGCGACGAUCUGUAUAUCUGGGAUAGUACGGAUACAGCCAACAAUUGCACCAAUGCCGACAAUCUCGUGUGGACGUACAACUACGGAACUGUGCUUUCAGGAGCUGCCUACAUGUAUAAUUAUACCAACGGCAGCUCUGUAUGGGAGACUCGAGUGCAGCAAAUACUGGCAACGACGUUCCUCUUGUUCUUCCCAUCCGAAUAUGGAGGCAACAUCAUGACCGAAAUGGAAUGCGAGCCCAAACUGAUUUGCAACCAAGAUCAAAAGAGCUUCAAGGCCUAUCUUGCCCGCUCGCUUGCCAUUACUGCUCUCCUCGUGCCUAGCACUGCUGCACAGAUCACGCCCAAACUACAGGCAACCGCACAGGCAGCGGCGGAAUCAUGUAACGGCGGUGUGUGUGGCGAGCAGUGGUAUUUGGCGAGCUACGACAGCACGACUGGCGUUGGCGAAGAGAUGGCUGCGCUAUCAAUCAUUGGUGCCAAUUUGAUGGACUCGAGUAUGAUUCCUCUGAAACUGAGUACGGGCGCAACUUCCACACCUGAUCCGAACGCUGGAGGUACCACCGGCACCACUCCAUCAACCGCGUUCACGAAAACCAUCACCACAGGCGACAGAGCAGGUGCUGCAAUCCUGACUAUCCUUGGAUCCGCCUUUAUACUUGGUGGUGUCUGGUGGCUCAUAAUAUAGGAAACGGACGAAUCUCCAUCAGCAAUUGGAUUGCAAAAUCUAGAAGUUUUGUUCGCGGCCCUGACGCCCACAUGCGCCAUCACGACUCUCAUCAGAGAACAAGUCUACUCACAACCCUUCGUCACGAUAUGAUUUUGUCGAGUUUUCACCGCCUGGUUGGACGAGUCCUCGCAAAGCUCAUGGAAAAGACACGCUUAGCGUUGCAUACUAGUGCGAUGAUUGGACCUUUCGAGGAGUCAUCGAUGCCCCUGAGAGGUUACGUUAGCCAUCAACCGCUUCCCUCAGUGCUUCACACGAUUGCAGCACUCACCUGCGUCG